CUUCCACCCUAGUCUCUGUGUUUCUUUGUCCGCCAGGCUCCCCGGUGCCGCUUGGUUGCUAGGCGGAAGUAGAGUGGCGGAGGCAGCGGUUUGGUUUAAAGAGCGUCUGAGGCGGCAAAGGGUUGCGGGUGGCGGCACCGCGAGCGGAGCUGGGCGUGGCGGCUCCCGCUCUCCGGCGGCGGCUUUCUGCUCUGUCCUCGUAGAGGUUGAGACGCUGCAUGUGGGGACCCCCCGCCAGGGCCCGAGACUCCCCUCCCCGUAACCCCGGGCUCAGCCCGGACUGGAACACCGCUCGUCCCGCCUCAGAUUCCGCCCCCUCGCAGGGCCAGGGACCCCCCAGGCUGCCAGCCUUAGCCCGCAUCCCCGAUUUCACAUACAGCCCCAAAGCAGAAAUGGUCUCCAAAUCCGACCAGCUUCUGAUCGUUGUCUCCAUUCUGGAAGGACGCCAUUUUCCCAGGCGUGCAAAGCAUAUGCUUGUGGUAGAAGCAAAGUUUGAUGGUGAACAGCUAGCUACGGAUCCUGUGGAUCAUGCAGACCAGCCAGAGUUUGCCACCGAAUUGGCUUGGGAGCUUGAUAGGAAAGCACUUCACCAACACAGGCUACAGCGUACACCUAUCAAACUCCAGUGUUUUGCUUUGGAUCCUGUAUCUUCAACUAAGGAGAAUAUAGGCUAUAUUGUACUCGAUUUAAGAGCUGCUCAAGAAAAGAAACAGGCACCAAAAUGGUAUCCUUUGCUCAGCAACAAAUAUACUAAAUUUAAAUCUGAGAUACAGAUAAGUAUAGUGUUGGAAACUGAUACAAAAGCACCAGUGGAUGGCUUUAAAGCAAAAGAAGCACCUCCGAGAGAAGGGAAAGUGCCUGCUCUGCUUUGUGGGUUAGAUCCUAAAAAUAUUGUAGCAGUCCUGAAUGAGGAAGAAGGCUAUCAUCAAAUUGGACCAGCAGAAUAUUGCAGAGAAUACUUUGUUUUGUCUGUGACUAUAGCAUUUGCCACACAGUUGGAACAGUUAAUUCCUAGUACAAUGAAACUUCCAGAACGACAGCCUCAGUUUUUCUUUUACUAUUCGUUACUGGGAAAUGAUGUAACAAAUGAACCCUUCACUGAUCUAAUCAAUCCGAACUUUGAGCCAGAGAGAGCAUCAGUUCGAAUACGCAGUACCAUUGAAGUCCUUCAAGUAUAUUUUUCUGCACAGCCAAAAAUACAGAUCCAUCUUUGCUGUGGGGACCAGUCUCUUGGAAGCACUGAAAUACCACUAACUGGAUUGCUGAAGAAAGGAAAUGUGGAGAUUGAUCAGAACCCUGUGGCAGUUGAAGGGGCAUUCAACCUUGUUCCACCAAAUAGAGCCAAGCAAAAAUUGCCACCAUUGGCCUUAGAUAUGGGUCCUACUGUUGGGGUAUCGGUAACCCUACAAAAGGAAGGCAUAAAUACCCAGUCAUUGAUCCACUUAGACCUUCAGACUGAGCCAGAACACUCGCAGAAAAGAGUUUUGUCUCCCACACGGGAUAAAACAAAGAGCCCACAGCAAAGAUCUCAGAGUGCUCCUUCUGCCCUGCUUCAGAAUGGUCAUUCUCCUCCCACAAAAGAUGAAGCAACAGAGAGCGAAGUAGAAAGUCUUCAAUAUGACAAGGGCACAAAACUAAACAAAAAAGAGCUGGUGGUUGAAUCUUGCAAAGAAGUUAACAACCAAGAGUCUGAAGAACUAGCAGUUUUCAAAUCUCAGAGCAGAGCAAAGUCGCCUUUACAGUCAGAGCUGCAAAAUUCAUCCUUGAAUGCUCUAGCACCUGUUUCCCAGUCCCACCCUGGAGCUGCGUCCAGUGCUUCUGAGUCUACUUCGGGGCAAAAAAUUGCAGUUCCAGCAGCAUCACAUCAUUUUUGCUUUUCAAUAGAUUUACGGAGUAUUCACAAUCUCGAGGUUGGGUUUCCAGUCAAUUGCAUUUUAAGGUACUCGUAUCCAUUUUUUGGUAGUGCGGCACCUAUUAUGACAAACCCUCCUGUAGAAGUGAGAAAAAACAUGGAAGUUUUUCUACCCCAGUCCUAUUGUGCAUUUGAUUUUGCAACUAUGUCUCAUCAGCUUCAAGACACCUUCUUCAGGUUACCACUGCUGGUUGAAUUGUGGCACAAAGAUAAAAUGACUAAAGAUAUACUUCUGGGAGUUGCCAGGCUACAGCUUUCAAAUGUUUUGGGCUUGGAAAAAACCCGAUUCUUGGGUACUAAUGGUGAACAGUGUUGGCGUCAGACCUGUAGUGAAACAGUUGAUGUUAUGGCAGCACAAGGGGCAAACAAUAGGAUAGCAGAACUUUCUUACACUGUGACUCUGGAAGAUUAUGGGCUUGUAAAAAUGCAUGAAGUUCUGGUAUCAGAUUCUUCUCAGUGUUUAGGUGCUGGGCAGCAGCAGGUCCCUUCAUCUCAGCCUCAUCAUGUCCCAGAAACUGAGCCAGAGCCACGAGAAACUCUUGAAUACAAAGCAGCACUUGAGUUAGAAAUGUGGAAGGAAAUGCAAGAGGACAUCUUUGAGAACCAGCUAAAAAAGAAGGAGUUGGCUCACAUGCAGGCACUUGCAGAGGAGUGGAAAAAAAGGGAUAAAGAAAGAGAAGCAUUAGUAAAGAAAAAGGUAGCGGAAUAUACAAAUUUGGAAGAACAACUUCAGAAAACCUUGACAGAUUUAGAGAAGCGUGAACGACAGCUUGUCAGUGCAGAAUCAGAGCUCCAAAGAGUAAAAAGAGAAUUGCAAGCACAGCAUGAACGAAACUUUCAAGAACUGCAGGAUUCUGUGCGACGAGUCAAAGAAGAAUGUGCACAUCAAGUUGAACUGGAGAGGUCAAAGAUCAAACAGCUGGAAGAGGACAAGGUCCGCCUGCAGCAGCAAUUUUAUGAAGCAGAAAACAAGUAUAAAAUUUUGGAAAAGGAGUUCCAGCAGUACAAGGAACAGCAAUGCAGCAAACCAGAAAUCCGGUUACAAUCAGAAAUAAAUCUUCUCACUUUAGAAAAGGUUGAACUUGAAAGGAAGUUGGAAUCAGCUACCAAAUCAAAGCUGCACUACAAGCAACAGUGGGCAAGGGCUUUGAAAGAACUUGCAAGACUAAAACAGCGUGAGCAAGAAAAUGCUAUGGCCCGCCUUAAAAAGCAGCAACAAGAGCUGGAACACAUGAGACUGCGCUAUUUGGCAGCAGAGGAGAAAGAAGUGGGGAAAACGGAGCGAAAAGAGCUGGAGGAUAUCAGAAAUGAACUGAACAGGCUAAAGCAACAAGACGACAAAAAACAAUCACAAGAUUCCAGAGAUAUUUCAGUUGAGCGAGUGGGUAGUCUUAAUACUAGACAAUUAAAUGAAAGCUUGGAUGAUUAUCUCACUCGCCUGAUAGAAGAGAGAGAUACAUUGUUGAGAACAGGUGUGUAUAACCAUGAAGACCAUAUAGUAAGUGAAUUGGAUCGCCAGAUCAGAGAGGCGCUUGCAAAAAGAAGCAGCAGUAAAUAGUAUAUUUGGAAAAUAUUUUUGUAAGUUGAUUAAUUUUACAAACUAAGGCCCUGAUCCUGAAGAGGCUUAGGCACAUGAUAUAUUUUACACUUAUAGACCUUUUGAAGUCAAUGUAAGUGUUCACAGGACAUGAAGUUAAGCAGGUGUGUAAGUUUAUGCAGGAUUAGAGCAUAAGGUGUGGGUUUUUUUUAACAUUUUUAUGUUAAAAUAUAUUUAUAUGUAAAUAUACUUACAUACUUUUUGUAUUUUCUGUUUAAAUAUUUUCUACCUCUCCCCAUCACCCUGGCUGGAUUUAUUUAUAAUAGCAUUUUGAAAAAUAUCUAUUCUAAGCUUCUCUUCAGUAUUUAUUAUCACUUGUUUUAUGGAUUUCUUUCAAAAUAGGUUUUUCAAUAAAAUUGUAUUAGUAAAAUG